GCCGCGCCACGCUCCGCAGCCGCACGACUGCACGCAGGCCAUAGGCUAUACAAGCUACGCGCCAUGUGCCGUACAUACGGCCGCACCGUAACGCGAACCGCAACCAUCGCCGAGACCGGAUAACCGACCAUAACCAUACUGCAGUUCGUCCGCGUGUACACUGCAGCUGGUACGUUCGUGUUAUUUAUUUAGAAUGAGUGCGUGGAAGCAAUAUAUUAUGUCCAUUCCAACCCAUACGGACUACGAAGGCCAAGCUCGGGCAGAAAAAUUGUCCAGAGUAAUCAUAACGCUGUUCGGAGUGGUCGGAUUCAUAUGGGGAUACGUUAUCCAACAAUUCUCGCAAACGAUUUACAUUAUCGGUGCUGGAUUUCUAAUGGCUGCCGUAAUCACGUUACCACCCUGGCCCAUGUACCGCCGUAAACCUCUGGACUGGCAGAAACCGCAGACAACGAUCGCUACCAAACUAAAGAAAAAAAAGUAGCUACACGAUCCUGCCACUCGUACUUAACGCAUUCCUGUUGAUAUAAGAUAUAUUACAACGUUGUAUAAUAAGCGCAGACGCGUUAUUGUUUUGUAAUUAAAAUUCACUCACGAUUCAA